AUGUCUAUGAUCAAUGACCGCCCAUCUUUUGGCAAGCUUACAGCAAACGAAAUGGCCCGAAACAAGCGUGGCACUACUAAGUUCUUCGAUUCCGCAGAGUGGGCUAUGACUGGACAGCAACAGCAGCAAAAUAAUAGAAGGAAUAUUACCGUAGUCGAUAACACGGUGUAUUUCAACCAAAAUUUCGUUCGCUGUACGAGUAAUACUUCUCCAAUUACUCAUUAA